UACGUAGGAAUUGCCAAUAUCUUCGAUUGUCCAGCAGUUUUAGAAUAUCUCGUUAUUGAAUAGGAACGAAUGCUUCAACGAAGAUGGCUAGUAGUGGAAUUGGCAGUGGUGUGGGCGAAGGUUUAAGACAGCGCUGGACACCUGAACUGGACCCAGAAUGGGACCCGAAUUUGCCUUAUGGUGGAAAGGUUUAUCUAGCGCGCAAAAAAAAGCGGGACCCUUUUCAUGUUAGAUCGAUUGAGAUAUUUGUGCUUUGUGCCACCAUUGCUUUUGCAUUUUAUGCAUAUUUCUAUUUUGAUCAUCUUCAUUUCAACAUUACUCAUGCCUAUGCUCAUCUUGGUUAUCCUCAAGCACAGCAUCAAGUAGGACAGCGAUAUCUUCAUGGGAAAGGAGUUGAUAAACACGGUGGCAAGGCAAUGGAAUGGUUCAGGAAAGCAGCUGAUCAAGGACAUCCCCAUGCUGCAUUUAAUUUAGCUAUUGGUCAUAUGAAAGGUUAUAAAACAGAUGUAAAAGAAGGGGAAGCUCACAAGUUAAUUGCCCAUGCUGCAUCAAAAGGAGUAGUAGAAGCACACAAGGUUUUGAAUAAUGUUUGCACAAAAGGUGGAUGUGAUUAAAAAAAACAUUAAUAAUCAGGGUAAUGCUACACACAGAAUAUUGAAUAUACAUGUAGCCUACCAUACACAUGUAUUUUUCAAAUUGUGAAUUAUGCAUAUAUUUAAUCGAAUUGUUUUGGUAUAUUAUUGCAAAUUUCAUAUUCACGAAAUUAUUACUGUUAUGAAAUUGUGUAGAUAUAUUCACAUAUUUUAUUUUUAUAUAUAUACAUAUAGACGUGCAGAUGAACUACUCAAAUCCAUGAAAAAUUUUGCAUUUCUCUUUAAGUAAGUUUACGGUACAUUUUAAUGUAUUAAUAAAAGAUUCAGUAGUUUCUACUGUAGUAAUGGCAUAAUUAAUCAAGCAAUUCAUUUGAAUUUCAUUCUUUCAAUUAUUUAUUACAGAUUAAAUUUCCAAGAUCAUAACAAACAUUCCAAUUUUCUGUGUAAACUAAUACAUUUAAAGGCACAAUAGCCAAUAUUCAAUUCUUUCUGAUUUAUGUGUAUGAAUUCUUAAUGUACUUUCUGAAACAGGGGGUCUUGCUCUAUUAGGAUUCCAUCUUAUUCCGUCCAUGUACCGGUAGUAGAAGUUUCAUUUGGCAAUAAUUCUAAAUGAUAGUUUUAUUUGCUGUAUGUUAUGUUUUUGUUGUUAAAUUUAGCAUUCCAUUUCCAAUAAAUUCCGUCCAAGUUUCAGUACAGAUUUAUAAUGCCACCAUACUUUAUAUAAAUUCCAAAUUUUCAUAGUAAGAUAUGUGUUUAUUCUUUUAAUUUAUAAUACAAUAUUUUUGCCACUCCAUAUUGCUUGGUUUUAAUUUGACUUAUAUAUUAAUUUAUAUAAAUGCCCUUAAAGAUGCAUUAUGUAAGAUUUAGAUAAAGAGAUGAUAGUAUUCACUAUAAUAGUUUUAAAAAAAAUAGAUAAGGAAAAGGAAAUUUAAAAAUUUCAGUCAAGUUACUUCAUUCUGAAAGUAGUUAUGGCCAUUUGAAGAACAGUGUAGUCUCAAUUGUCAUUUCUAACAUUGCUACAAUAAUAAUUAUACCCAUUUUUUAAUCAAAUUAUUUACUGCCAAUUGUGUUUAAAUCUGUGGAUUUAGCUCUUGCAUAAAGCAUCUUUAAGAAAUAUUAGCUAUUUAAACAUGGCUCGGCUACAGCUCGGAUUUAAAUAGGAUUUCACUAAUUGAUUAAAUCAGAUAAGGGGUAACCUGAUGAAAAUACGUCAGUUAGAUCGAGGCUAAAUGAUAGAGUGUACUUAGCGAGGCCGCUGUAAAGCGUUUCCGUAUGCCAUUGAAAACUUUACUUGAUAAUUGAGAUAUGUAGGUGGAGUUAACGCCUGUCAAUCAAACGUUCGGCGAAGGUGAAGACACAUUUUGCUACCAUUUCUAGGCAAAUAUUACAACGAUUAUAACUAUGUUCAGAAUAAAGUAAUUUGACUGAAUUUUUCAAUAUAUUCUUCUUUCAUCAUCUACUUUUGAACUGUUAUAGCAAGAAUGGCCAACUCUCUAUAAAUAUCUCCCAUAAUGUAUCUUUAAUAUAAUGAAUAUGAAUGAUCCUGAAUAUAAAACUAUUUACUGUAAUCUACAUUUCAGUUAUAGUUAAUUUUCAUGUACUUCGUCUGUUCUGUUGUGUUGUGUUGUUUUCAUUAUUGCAAGUUAAUCAAAUACUGCUGAAAUUAUCUACUUUACACAAUUAUUUUGUUGACAUAAAUUAAAUGAAUGAAUUUGUUGUGUUGGUUUUUAUGCACCCACUAUUUAAAGUACCAUUUCCACAAUAAUAAACAAAGUCUCGAUUGUCAGUCCUUUAAUUUUGAAUGAUUUUGACAUCAUUUCUGUUUUGCCAGCCAUAUAACAUUUGAAGCCAGUGCAAAGGCCUGAAAAUAAGCAAAUUAGUUCUC